GUCACACACCUGAAAAAUUGCAAAUGGCUGAUAAUUUCUGUGUUAUUCUGUUACGACUGUAUGUUGAAGAUCAUUUGUACCAAGCUAAAUAAGUGUCAUAAAUCAAAUAAAAUAAUUAUUUCCAUUGAUUUGUUGAGUUCUUUAGUAUCUGAGUUCGAAUAAGGCCAAAUAAUAACGUUAAAUGUAAAUUUGAAUGACCUAGGAGUGCAGUUUUAUCAUCGUUUAUACCUUGAAAUUGUAACCAUUGCGGAUUCAUUUGUGUUCGAAUUAAAAGUACUUGCUAAACAUUUUAACGAAAUACUACAGAAAAUUUGAAUUGAACAAUCAAGUCAAACUGCGAUCGGUGCUCUGUUGUCUAUUAAUUUUUUGGUUUGCACUUACAUUUUUCGAGAUUUUUCAUACUUGAGCUUGAUGAAAAAAGAUAACAAUUGAGACAUUUAAAGCGUUGGCUUCGAGAUAUUUGAUAAAAUUCUUGAAAAUACGGAUAUUACUCUUCAAGUCGCAUCGCUAAUCACCCUACAUCAACCGUGUUUUCGUAGCGCUGAUUGGUUUUUCCAGGAGCUUAAUCAGAGAACAAAGGAUUCUUCAGCAUAUCAUCAUCAACAACGAUAUCAGCUAAAUUUUCCCGAAAUCAUUGUUCACGACAAAUAUUUAAUAGUUUCAUCGUACCCAGUGCAUCAAUGACUUCAACGUAACCAACAAAACAACACAAAGAAAAACUCAUUGUCUGUGAUAUUAAAUUAAAAACAAAACUGAACUUUUUGGUGUUAAAUUUAUAAAUGUGUGUGUAUAACUGUGUAAGUAGGACCUAAGUGUGAAUUUCAUCAAUUAAUGUUGUUUCUAUACAUUACGGUAAUGCACUUGUACUCAUUAAGUAAUUCCAGUAGUUAGGCUAUGAAGUAAUGUACCAAUAAACAACAGAAGUAGUAGUAGAAGAAGAAGAAGAAAAAACAAUUAAAACGAAAGACAAUUCCAUUCAAAAUAAAAAUUUAAAAAAAACAAAAACAAUUUAGUGAAAAAAAGCCAAUUGUUAUGGCCGAAUCGAUUUCGCGUGACAAUUACGGUAACAAGGAAGAGGAGGACUAUGAUUCGUCCGAACAAUCCGCCAAUCAACAUACAUCAUCGAACAAUGACAAAUAUGACGAUCCAGCGAUUUUAAGCUGCGGUUCUGCGCAAAGGGAAAACCGCAUCACUUACGAGCGCGACCAUUUACUUCAAUUGCGUAAUUCACCUUUAUCACGUAAACGUCCCGAUUAUGUUUUAGAAGGUUUGACUUUGCGUAAGCUAUGGUGUCGAGCAACGGACUUGAUGAUCGGUGGUGAAGAACGUACUAGCGGCCGUUCAACGAAUAACAGUAGCCACGAGUUUCGCUCCAGUACGAAUGGUACAUCGACCCCCGCGUCUACAUAUUUGAUGCCCUUGUUUGCGGUGAAACGACGACCAAACGAAACUAAAACCGUUCGCAAACCGGAAGGCAAUGAGACUACCACAUUAACUACAACGAGUACGAAUGCCAAUAAUGCUCCAAUGCGACGGAGUGUAUUCAUGAGUGGGCCACAACUGACGAGUGUUGGUGGAAAUUCUUCGGCAUUAGAUCGUCGCAUCGGAAGUGGCCGAAUACCGGCACGCGAUUCUCAAUGGGAAUUUCGUUCCGAAAAGGAACCGCUCGAUCAAGACUUUAGUUUUCGGCCGACUGGUGGUUUAAUCAAUAUACGUGAACGCGAACGCGAACGGAAUCUUAGCGCCGAGUCACAACAGAAACUGCAGCAACAACAUCGGGCAGGAUUGGAUCGGGAACGUGAGAGAGAUUAUCGUGACGAUCGUUAUGACAAACGAACUACGUACAGCAGGGACUAUGAUCGGGACAAGGAUAGGAAUAGUAGUCGUAUGAUGGGAAACAGCAACAACAAUAUGACCGGCAACAUGCGUUUUUCUGGUGGAUCACACAAUGAGCGACGUCGAAUGUUUAGCGAAAAUCGUGCAGAAGAACCGGAAUGGUUCAGCGGAGGUCCAACAUCGCAAAACGAUACGAUUGAAUUGCGCGGCUUUGACGAGCCUGAGGCAGAUGAACGGACGGUGCGAGCUAACGAAACUGUUGAAAAUGAUGAUCAAGUUUCGCUAGACAAUCAAAGUGAUAACUCGAACAACAAUGCGGAUGAAUGUGAGGUCGGCGAACCGGAAUCAGAUUCUGUUGAGGACACUGCACCGCCUACUGUCGAUGAGCCGAAUGAUUCCAACAACAACGACAACCUCAAUUCUGACAAAGGAUUUAUGGACGACCCAAAUAACGCUGCUGAUGACUUCAAUUUCGAUAAUUUCUUGAAAAUGGGUCUGAUGAGUGAAGAACUUAAAGAAAGUGGUGUCGGUGAAUCUCGCUUCUAUCGUUGGUUUCAACGGCAAUCACCAACGAAAGAAAAUAAGAGCAGACGUUCAUCUAUACAGGAUGAUGUGAAUGAAGGCAAUCAAAAUAACGCAACCACUCGGCCUGCUGAGAAAUACUUUGCUCCGAUAUCGCCUGCAGCUAGCACCGGGUCUUCCAAUUCUUUACUGGAAUUUAUUCAACUCGGAAAAUUUGACAAGGCGCCUAAAGAAGAUCAAAAUGUUGCCGGAACCGGUCGUACAAAUGUUCAAUCCAAUUCCAUUGCGAAUAAUGUUCCGGGCAGUGUGUGUAGCGUUUUGGAAUUGGAAGCCCGAAUGCGGUCAUCUGGUGGAAAGUCACAGAGUGAAGUGAGAAAUCAACAGCAGCAACAAGACAUGCAAGCAUUUAAGAAACUACUUUCGCAAAUAAGUGGCAACGAUCACGGAAUGAUGCAACGAGAACCGCAGACAAUGGGCCAAGCUACGGGAUUAAUGCAAAUGCUAAGCAAAAAUACGCCACAGCCACAACCACAACAGCCGAUACCAUUCAUGUUGAACCAUCAGCGUCCGCAAAACUUACAACCGCCAAUUCAAAGACAGCCAAUGGAUCCGAUGCAAAACGUUCAAAUCGGUCCACACUUACAACAGAGUCGCGAUGAAAUUCUGAAACGUCCCGAAGCCCAAAUGAUCAUACAAAGUAUCUGCAAUGCAGAAGUUACGCAAAACUCACUGAUCCAACAGUUGAACAAUCCAGCAUCGAACCACCGUCAACGUGAAACCAUUCUAGCCGUGCUAAACUUUAUCAGCGAAUGUGCACCCAGAAUACCGUCACCGAACCUGAUGCCAUCGGUGAUGCAACCGCAAGGUGCUGCACCAUUGUUACACGGGGCUGGAGUGCCGAUUCCGAAACCGCCAACAAUUCAGACGAAUGCACCACCAAACGUUGGCAUGAAUGAACAACCGAACGACGUUCUGCAACCGCACUUAUUGUAUCAGCAUCAUCAUCAAGGUGCCGCCGUUGCAGCUCAGAAGUUGCGGGUUUCUCCGUUGCCAAAUGGGAUACCACAACGCAUCCCGUCGCCACGUGAACUUCAAUUCCACACUCAAUCCAUAAUGCAAAGUGCAUUAAUUAAGAAAAAAUUGGAAGAACAACGAGAGAAUUUCCGCAAGCGACAGGAAAUGCAACAGGCCCAACAACAGCAGAACCAUUUGAAUCAACCGCCGAAUCAAUCCGAAUCCGGAAAUAAUAUUCCCAGUUCGUCAGUUGCGCUGACUCAAACAUCCACAUCGUCACCGGUGAAACAACACCAUCAACAUAUCGCUUCGCCGACUCCAUUAGCAUUUACGCCAACAUCAGUUUUACGAAAAAUGACAGCCGAAAAAGACAUCGAUGUGAUGAGCAAUGUUGGAAUGGGCAACAAGUCGACAUUAGGACAGAUACAACACUCAAUCAACAGUGCAGCAACAGGACAAAUUCAACAACAACACCAACAACAUCAACAGCAGCAACAACAACAGCAAAUGCGAGCUAAUCAAAUUAAAUGGAACAACCAGUUCAACCAACCUCCAUCGAAACCAAUCGAAAUUAUACCUGCAGGGCGACCGAUCGUCAAAGGUGGCGGCUUGCCGAUGCAAAUGGCGUCGAAUGUUGAAUUUCAACAGAUGCGUGACCAGUAUUUGCGUAAAAAUCCUCAAGCAAGCAUGCCGCAACCGCAAUUGCCAAAUUUAUCUCAACAAAUGCUACAACAACAGCAACAACAACAUCGUCAACAGCAGCAGCAGCAACAACAACAGCAACAAAUGCGGGCUAAUAAUCAAAUAAAAUGGAAUCAGUUCAAUCAACCGUUCCAAAAUCAAUACCAGCAACAAAUGAUGCACCAUCAACAUACAAUGGCUCAACAAAAACCGUCCGGAUCGAGUGGUCAAAGUGGAAACGUUCUUGUCAACGAAAACCACGGAAUGAUCAAUUUCGGACGUGAAGGCGGCCUAUCGCCAACUUCAAACCAGUUGGCGCGUUGGUUUUCGCCCGAACUAUUGGCCCAAGCUUCAGCGGGUAAACUCCCGUCGCUAAACAUUGGACAGGCAUUGAGUUUGGAGGAAUUCGAGCGAUCGAUGCAACAUUCAUCGGCUACAGUCCAUAAUUAGCAAUACACAGCUGCAUUGGAAUGCUUGUUCCCCACGUAAAUAUAUUUAGAUGUGUAGGCUGAACUAAUCGGAGUGAAAAAAAAAUAGAGCAACUACGAUACCAAACGUUUUACGGAUUUAAUUAUCUUCCUUUAGCAACUGCUAUAAUGUCUAUUUACGACUAUCUUGAUUGAAAUACCAGAUCGUUUUGACCGAUCCUAUGGAUCUCUGACGUUUAAGAGUUAAAAUAUUCCCAGUGUCGCAACAUAUAUGAACGCGAAUCCCAAAAAAUCCGUACUAGCAAGCGUUUUUCCAUCACACAGUGCAAGUCUGUAAGACAAUUGAAUUUCAUGAUGAGCAAGUAGAGGGAGCUAAUGUGAAAAUGAAAUUCUUGUUCUUGGAAUAAAUUAAAAAUCUGAUCACAACCCAGGCGAGAAAUUGGUCAUUUUACUCACCUCAGCUGAAACUUCGAGAGCCUUUGUUGUGAAAAACGUUGUGUUGACCUUGGGAAAAAAGUUGGAAAUUUCAUUUUCUCCGGUGACACCCUCACAACGAAAUUUCCAACUUUUUUUUCCUUUGGUGCACAAAUAACUAUUCCAAUCUUCGUUACCAACGACCGGUUAUCUAUGUUAUUGAAAACCAUUAGCGAUUUCGAUUUUAAAUUUCCUUGAUCGUUUAUCAGUGCAGUUGUAUCUCCGAUUGUUAGAUCUCUCUCAUAAUUGCGUGAUCGAAUUUGAAGUAUCAUUACGGUAAUAUUCUCUCUCACGUUCGAUUAGAUGCUCCAAAACAAAACAAUUUUAUGCUAAACUGACAUAGAUCUCAACUAGUAUCAUGACACUAAGUUUGUUGCUGAAGGUUAUCGAUCGAGGUGAACAGCUCGAACAUUAUUUAUCUCCGAGGCAAACGGAAUUUUUUAACGAUUACAAUCGGAAUUUUGUCGAAAUGAAACAUUUGCAUAGUCAUUAGCCUACGAAGCAUUGCUCUAAUGUUAAUUAAAUUAAAAUAUAAAAUUAAAUGUGUCGCAAAAUAUAAGGAAUUUUUUUGUCUCGCUCCAAGUUAAUGAGAUUUGUCAAAAAUAGAGUAUGAUGCAUGAAAUAAACGGAGAAGAAACUAAUUAGGGGACAGAAACAAAAAGAAAAAAAAAUAUUAGAACUACACCUUGUUAUGGCAGUAAAAAUGCACUGAAUCUCUUGGGUUUUAUUAAUUAAGUCUAUGUAAUGAGUGUGUUUCGGGAAUCGAUUGAAAGUCGAAUCGGAAACUAUUUUCGGUUCAGAGACGUUUUUUUUCUUCGUUUUUUAAAAACAUAAUUUCAUUCUUGGAUUGCUUUCGUUUUAAUUAUUAAAAUACGCUGUGAUUUAAUUAAAGAAAAAAAAAAGAGAAAAAGAAAUAAGUGAAAACGUGACAUUAGAACGUGACGUUAAUUUAAACAAACAAAAAAUAUGGAAAUUUUUAAGUCAUUCAAACUAUAAUGAGAAACGAACGAGAUGAAAAAAUAAAAUAAAUUUUAUGCGAAUCGCUGGAUGCUGGAUACGAACGUGGAGUAUUAUUAAAAUAUUAAUUUCUUUUCUAAUUUAAAAGAGUAAAAAAUUGAAACUGUUGAAAUGAGGCGCGAAUGAUUUUACUGAAUUAUAAUGUAGAAUUUAAGUAAAAGAUGAAAACAAAAACAAAUAAAAAGAAAACAAACUGAAUGUGGUUGAUUCGGUGACAACCCGUUUAAACAUUUUAAUUUUUGAUAAGAAAAAUUAAUUUUCUUCAAUUUAUGUAACCUUCUUAACAACCAGAAAAUAUUU